UAGUAAAAAUAUAAUUUAUAUAUACAGCUAGGCUUUGAUAAGCAUCAUAUCUCUAUUUAGUUGUUUUACACAUUUCUUUUUUUGUAUUUAAGAAGAGGACACAUAAAACCAAAGAUGCGAAUAAAAAAUCUGUGACACAACUUAUAUAGGGGUGUCCCGCCGAUUAUAAUAAUUUUAAUACACUAAAUACAUAGAUAAUAGUCAUUAAAUCUGCGAUGUAUUUUUUUUAAUAGAUUUUAUUCUGAACACACUCUCACUCCUAUAAUAUAGACUAGAGAAAUUCCUUCUUUCUUAGUGACAGGUAUUUAUUAAUUUAUGAAUGUCUAAAGGCGUAAGUACUAACUUAAAACUAUCAAUAUUUACUCAAUGUGAAAAUGUAUUGUAAAUAUCGCAAUUUUUUGCUCACACCUAUAUAUAUUACCAAUUUAUGCAUGGACGUAGUAUGUAAAUAGGAUCGAAUAAUCGCGGUUGAAAAGUUAAGAGAUAACGUGAAGGAGAUGUAUCCUUUUCUAAUAGGGUGACGAUAAGUUUUUUAUAGGUAUAAAAUUUCUGAAUAAUGGACGAACUUCGUGCGUUUUUCAAUAAUCCUCCUACAAGUUCACAAAAAAUUAAACUACGAGGGCCGCUAACUGCAGGUCGUCGUAUUACUAAAAAUGAUACAAUAAAUGAGCUUAACCGUUCUGAAGACCAUCGUCACUCAGUACUUCCAAGGGGGACUGAUUACGCUAAAGAAGCUCAACAGAGAGAAGUUGAAAUUUAUUUGAAGAAUGAGAGGGAGCGGCUGAAUUUUGAGAGCAUUUCGGAAGGUUUAAAUUCAUUAGAGGAACUUUCAUCAUGGGCUUCAAGUAGGCCACAUUUAUUAGAUCUUAGCGAGGAAGUGAUGACCCAUGUGUACAACAAAUACACAUUUCAAAGGAAAGAAGAUACCAAGAAUCUCCCUAUAAAUGAACAUCAUGAUGAGAUCAUAAAAUACAUCAAAUCUUAUGGAGUAGUGAUAAUAGAAGGUCCCACUGGAUGUGGUAAAACAACACAAGUGCCUCAAUGGAUUCUGGAUGAUGCAUAUAACAACAGGCAAGCAUGUAAAAUUGUUGUCACCCAGCCAAGAAAAAUUGCAGCCAUAUCUAUAGCUAAGAGAGUCGCUCAAGAGAGGGGAUGGGAUGUGGGGGGGAUUGUUGGUUACCAGGUGGCUUUAGAGAACAAAACUUCAAAUGAUACUCGGAUCUCAUAUGUUACAACGGGAGUGUUACUUCAGAAAUUAGUAAAUGCAAAAAACAUGAAUGAGUACACGCAUAUAAUAUUGGAUGAAGUUCAUGAGCGAGGUCAAGAAAUGGACUUUCUACUGCUGGUGGUUAAGAAAUUUCUCUAUACAGUCUCGCCACGUGUUAAAGUCAUUCUAAUGUCUGCUACAUUUAAUGUACAAACAUUUGGUGAUUACUUUUCCUUGCCAUGUCCUACCACCAAGCAGCCUAUGUCAAUGUGUGUUAGAGUGCACUCGGGAAAAUCAAGAUAUACAACAAAAAUAUUUUAUUUAAAUCAGUUGAAUAAGUUUGGAUCUAUUCCGCAGCAGCAAGGCUCACCAGAGAUUACUCAAGACAUGAACCAUCUUGUUGUUAAACUUGUAAAUGCUUUUGAGAAUAUAGAUAAGAAGGAGGAGUUUGAAAAAGAUGACAUUUCUGAAGAGGACUUGCCAUCUAUACUAAUAUUUUUGCCCGGUAUUAAUGAAAUAGAAGAAUUGUACUCCUGUUUAACUGAUCGACAAGUAAGGAGGAAGCUAUGUGACAAUGAUUGCGCACAGCACGAGUGGUGGGUGCUGCCUCUACACUCGACAAUAACAGCUGACGAACAAGUGCGUGUGUUUCAGAGAGCUCCUCCAGGACAUCGGAAAAUUAUACUUGCUACAAAUAUCGCGGAGAGCUCCAUUACAGUUCCUGAUAUUAAAUAUGUGAUAGACUUCUGCCUGAUGAAAGUAUUAGUAGCGGACACCAGCACGAACUUCACGUCGUUACAAAUGAUGUGGGCGUCCAAAGCCAACUGCGAGCAGAGGGCCGGUCGUGCGGGCAGAGUGCGCGACGGGAGAGUGUAUAGACUCGUCACUGAUAGGUUUUAUGAAAGUUUACUGGAUGAGAGUCCACCAGAGAUGAGUCGUUGUCCCCUAGAACGUCUGGUGCUUCUCGCCAAGACGCUAGACAUGGGCCCGCCCGCGGAUAUUCUUGCGCUGGCCAUGGACCCACCAGAUAUGGCUAAUAUACAUCGCACUAUACUUGUGUUGAAAGAGGUAGGUGCGUUAAAGAAAAUGAUAGACGGAGAAUGGAGUAUAUCCGAUGGCGAGAUCACUCACUUGGGUCGUCUUAUGGCCACUCUACCGAUCGACAUUAGAAUGUCCAAACUCAUCAUGCUUGGAUACAUCUUUGGAUGUUUGGAUGAAAGUGUUAUUAUGGCUGCUGCAAUGUCUGUCAAAAACGUUUUCAGCAGUCCUUUCCGUGAACGCAUGAAUGCCUAUAACUCCAAGCUUACUUGGGCUGAUGGGUCGACGAGUGAUUGUAUCGCCUUUCUCAACGUUUACAAGGUAUGGAACCACCUCCGCCAACAACAGUACUUCAAACAAGCUGGCAACACCGAAGCGCAGUGGGCGCGCCGCUUCUACGUGCAAGUGCGUGCGAUGCGCGAGCUCGACGAUAUGGUGCGGGAGUUGAGGAACCGACUGUCCAGGGAAGGCAUGGAGUCGGCCAAUAACUCACCCUGGAGUAAGAACGAGUUGCCAAUUGUUUUGAAGGUGAUACUAGCGGGCGCGUUCUACCCGCAGUACUUCGUGCAAGUGGGCGGCGACGAGGGGCGCGAGCGCGACGCGGUGCGCACGCUGGGCGGGCUCGACCCGCGCACCUCCGUGUACCUGCGCGGCUUCCCCGACCACCAGCCGCCGGACGUGUACGCGGCCGCCAUACGAGCGGUGGUCAAGCAGCAUAUAGGCGAUGAGCCCAGGGUCACCUUCGACAAGAAUAGCCGAAAAGUAUAUCUAACGUUUGAUGGUGAUGUGGGCAUGCAACGUGACAAAAACAAAGGUGGAGAUCCAACAAUACCUGGUCAAGUGGUGUUGCCAGUUUAUAAAGCCAUAAAAGCUCGACAUUUACAAAUGUCCAUUAGGAUUCCAUUGCUGCCUCUGGAGAAAGCAAAUGCCUUGGCGGCUGCAGCAGAAGCAUUGAAGGCAGCACGAAAUGUAGAUCAAAUGGUGCCUCGUUUACCAGAAAUUGAUGAUACUUAUUUUCCUCUAAAGAUAUCCCAGCUCAUAAACGUCGGCCGUUUCUGGGUGCAAUACGAUGACGAAUCGACGGCCAAUGAGCUGCGUCACAUACAAAACACUCUGAACUGCAAACCGCUGGCGCCGCUCUCGGGGCCCGUCGUAGCGGACAUGCUGAUUGCGGCGCCGUAUACAGACGACACGGGCACUAUGCUGUACCGCGCGAGAGUUACCAAAGUGCUGCCCAGGGAUAUGCUUGAGGUGUUCUACAUAGACUACGGCAGCGCGGGGCGCGUGGCGGCGGGCAGCGCGCGCGCGCUGGCGGCGGGCGAGUGCGCGGCGCGCGCGCCGCUGGCCAUGCAGUGCGCGCUGGCGGAGCUGGCGCCGGCGCCGCUGCUGCACGCGCACGCGCACUGGCCGCCCGCCGCCGCCGCGCACUUCGCCGCGCUCGUGGCGCGCGGCCGACUCAUCGGCAAGGUGUAUUCAGUAACGCACGGUGUUGUAUCAAUAGAACUGAUGGGGGAAGGAGGCAAAAUAAACAUCAACAAGGAGCUGAUUGCUAAGGGAUUUGCUAUCAGUUGUGAAGAGAGUUAUGAUUCAAAGUUAAAUCACGACCUAAGGCAAACAGCAACAGAGCUCAAUAUGGCACAAAAGCGUGCGUUCAACAAGGAACAAGCGGAGUUAGCGUUCAACCAGACAUGUGAUAUUGGUCCACUCAGCUUCAAAGAGUGUAUUUCGGAUGUUUGCCUGAAAGGACCAACGAGUCCCCUGGAAAUAACGCUACAUAAUAUGAUGUACGCGAGCCGCGACAAGCAAGUGACUGUUGAAUGGAGUUCAGUCAAUUCGGUUUUGCUGGAUACUGAGCCACAGGAACUUUAUGAAAGAUUGCUAGUAGCGGGAGAAGUGGGCCACAACGAGAACAGCGGCAAGUUAACGUUGCGCCACACAACGCUAAUGCCAAACAUCCCCGGCCUGCCGGCUAUAUUGGCACUGCUCUUCUGUCCUGUAGCUGAAUUAAGACGUGACUCCGCUUGUACUCGCUACGUGAGCGUGCUGUGUGGCUUGGGGAGCGAGGAAGACGGUCAGCCAUACUUCCCUGAACACGACCUGCUGGUUAACAUCGAUGCGCAGCUCACCGUUGAGGAUAUUGGCCUGAUAAACCACAUACGCUAUUUAAUGGACUACACGAUGCACAUCAGUCGCAACGGCGAUGUGACGACCGACGACGCGGACUUCACACACAAUAUACCCAAGUUUAUACGCGACGAUCUCAUGAAGUUACUCCCAAAACGUCGCAAACACCGCGAGCCGGAAACCGUAGUGAACGCGUGGGAGUGGCGCUCGGUGCCCGAAGAGGAGUUCCUGGAGAUAUCCGUCCCGGACAUGGUUGAGAGGGCCGAGUUGUUCCCUCUGCAUGCGCCUCUGGAACUGGCGCCGUUGCCAAGGGAACGGCUGCUGGAACUCAAGAGGGAUAAUGAUGAGCUGAAACAGCUGGUCGCAAGGGCGACAUUAGCAUCUAACGCGCAGUUUGCGUGCAAGCUCUGCGGGACCGUGCAGAUGGCUGCGCAUGCGAUGCGCAUACAUCUCUUGUCCAACGGACACAAAGAAAAGGAAGAAGAUUUCAGGAUUGUGCAGGCUUAAACCGUUGCAUAUACUCUUAUUUUUACAGUACCUUAACCGUUGAAUAAGACAAAAGCUAUCAUGUGUAGUACGUAAUAAGAACUACAGACUAUAAAUAUUAUAAAAAACUGUCGGGUGUGAUAUUGUGACUAUUAAUGUGUUAAUUUUUCAGUGAAGUUGAAGUUUAAUAUAAUAAUCAUAAUAAGUGUUAAUAAAAAUUAAUUUGAUUUCAGAGUUCAGACAUUAUCUUUUGAAACACUGUUCGAGAAUACAUAUUUUUUGUAUGUAAGAUUAUAUAAACUCUAUUUUCCAUUACCGAAUUAAACCUUAUUUUAUAGUGCCUAGCGUUAAAUGUACAAUGUAGCGCAUUAAAGUAAACAUAAUACUUAAUAUCUUUAUGACAUAUUACGUACUAUGUAUUAUUAGGUAUUCUAUAGUUAUUAAGUUGUUAAUCAAAACCCCAUCGAGAUAGUGGUUUUCUGUUGAUUUUUUUAUAGAUUUUUAGUUUUGUAAGUUUUCCUGAAGAAAAUGUUCGUAAUUAGUUUAAUUAAAAUAAUUUUCAUUGCCUAGAAGUUUGAUAUUAGUUGACCUGAUUUCUUCUUAUUUAAGUGGUAUGAGAGAAUACAAUGAUUGUGUUACAUAACAAUAAUUUUACUAACAUAUAGUUUAAUUAUGACAAUAAGGAGUACUCAGUAUUUCUUUAGUUAUUCAUUGGACCUAAACAGAGUUCGAGAAAGUUCUCUCAAAUAUCAUCCGUUACAUCUGUAUGGCAAUUUGGUUAUGGUCCAAUUUAAUACUGUGAUUUGUUUCCCUUUUAAUUUACAUAGUUUGUAAGGAGAUACGUGAUGAUAUUGAUCUGUUAUGUUUAAGAAUGAGCAAGUGGCCAAAUAAAUGAUCAUUUUCUGGUA